GCGCCGGACGUUAUCCAACAAACUUUAGCAAGUUCCAACCUAAAUUGUACGAAAUGGGUUGAUCAGGGGAAAUAUAAGCCAUCAUUUAAUGUUGCUCCAACUUAUUAUGAGCCUGUUGUUCGUACAGACUCUGAGUCACAUGAGAAUAUUAUUCAUUCUAUGAAAUGGGGAUUAGUUCCAUCAUGGGCAAAGGACAAAUCUAAAUCCCCUACUUCGACACAAUCAAUCAAUUGCCGAGAUGAUUCAUUAUUUGAAAUAAGCGGAAAACCUAUGUUUAAAUCUUUAAAGAAUAAAAGUCGAUGUAUUGUUGUCGCUCAAGGAUUCUAUGAAUGGUCUCGUGAACACAAGAAGAAGAAAACACCUUAUCUUAUCAAAAGAAAAGAUGAAAAGCUACUUCUUUUUGCAGGGCUUUAUGAUAAAGCUCAAUUAGAAA